CUCGGACUGAACUACCGCUAGUGUUCACCGCACUCUCGUAGUCUGUGGAGUGCGCAGAGAAACUCCCGCACUGAGAGAAUUUACUGGGAUAUUCGCCGCUAAACAAACAGACACUUGUUCAGCCUCAUACCACUGAAUUCUGAGGAGUCAAAGAUGAUUUCCAGCUUGGAUGUAGCGUCGGUCUUCCCACGGUGAACAUCGCUGGUUUUGAGGAGAACACACAGUUUUAGGACACUUGAAAGAGCCUCAGUGCUUUGAUUAGUUUGUAGAUAACUGUUAUCUACUUCACGCGCAGUGUUAAUACGGACGAGCGCGCGCAGAGCGGACACUCUUCACAUGCUGAGCCAUGGAGACGCUAACUGCAGCGAAACUUCACACCUGCCUGUCAAUAUUCACAUUUCUGUGCUGUAUUUCAGGUGACCUGGCUGCUCUUCAGGUGCCUCAAAAAAACGUAGAAGUGAUCCAAGGGAACGCGGUAGUGCUGCAGGCUUCUUACACUGGUGCUGAGAUUCAGAAAAACACGGUCGUCUGGAACUACAUAUCCAGCAGCACAGAAAUGAUCAUCUCAUACGUCGGUGGAGGGUAUAGUAAUGGCACUUCCCAGUUUGCAGGUCGAGUUGGUUUUGUCCAUGAAAUGCCUGACACCAACCUGUCCCUGUACAUUAAAAACACCAAAGCAUCGGACUCAGGGAAUUACUUAUGCCAGGUCAUGAUCCCCGGAGCCCCAGGACUCACUGGAGGGCAAAUAACACUUAAUGUUAAAGUUCCUCCUUCAGUGCCGGUGUGUCAAGUUAAAGAAAGGCCUGUUCUCAAAGGAAACAUCACUCUGGCCUGUAACUCUAAUGACGGUAAACCAGCCCCCAAAUACAAGUGGACCAAGACGAGCCCUACCUCAGAGGUCUUUUUCUCUCCCGCACUAAAUGAAACAGCAGGAACUUUAAAACUGAACAAUCUGAGCAGUAAUAUGUCAGGAAAAUACAUGUGCACUUCAUCCAACUCUGCAGGAGAGGAGACAUGUUACAUCAACCUGGAGGUCAUCACAUCAACUAAUGCUGGGAUGAUUGCGGGUGUUACGGUUGGUUGUAUUGUGGCUCUCAUCCUGAUCAUUCUCUUCCUCUUCUUCAUGUGGACAAGACGGAAAGACACAGAGGAGGAUUUUGCCAAUGAUAUCAAGGAGGAUGCUCAGGCUCCCAAACGUGUGUCAUGGGCCAAGAGUGGCACUGGAUCUGACAUCAUCUCUAAAAACGGCACCCUGUCCUCCAUUCAGACCAGCACUUUCCCGCGAGACCCCCACAACCACCAUCAUUACCCUCACUCCGACACCGCAUCCAUCAACACGGCCACGGGCAGCACAGCCGGCUAUCGCUCGCAGCCUCCGGCAGACGCCACCCUGGAGCGCACUUUGCCGGGCUAUAACACCAACUCCACCCUGCCCCGUGGGCCAUUGGGCCCCCCCAGCACCAACGGGGGCUCCCAGCACACCUCAGUGCCCCGGACAGCCUCUGCCCAGCCUCAGAUUCCACGUCCGCCAGUGCUGCCCACCACCGUAACUGCGGCCAAUAUCUCCCGCAUGGGAGGGGUACCUAUUAUGGUGCCAGCGCAAAACCAGGCCGGAUCUCUGGUGUAAGACCAAUCACUUCUGAUGAACCUCCAAAGGGAAAGAGGGAAGAGGACCUCACGUCUGUGGUCCUACAAAAUGAGGCUACAUCUAGAUUAAUCUGGAUACAUUUGAAAACGCCAUUUUCCUUCCACGCUAGCGUUUUCCAAAAGUUUCUCAUCCACACUGAAACAUCGGAAAAUGCUAAAUUCACCUCACUGCGCAUGCGUAAAACCUCAUAAAAGCCCACAUAAUAAAGUUUUCAUGCUAUUCUUCUGGAAGGAUCAUUUUAUUUAGCAAAAUCUCACCAUUCACUGAUGUGUCCAGGUCACACUCCAUAUGUUUGGUCUAAAACGCAACUGCUGUCUGUCAUCUUUGCAGGACUGCAGUAUAAAGAGAGUACAAAGUAUUUUUUGCAACAGUGUGAAAGUGAAUAGCAAAUAACAGGCACAACUGUGGUAUAAACAUACAUAUCUAUUGGUUCAAUAUGUGUCACAUGACCAACUAUGUGUCUCACAGUCCACACUCUAUGAUGCAAAAAAAGGCGUUUUCAAAUGUAUCCACUUGGGAAAGCGUUUUCAUAAAGCUCAGUUCGCAGGACAAAAACACUGCCUCAGUUUGGACGGAAGGCUAAAACAGAGAGGAAAAAGAUUAGUGAGGACAAGGCCUGAAGCAAAUUGGAAAGGAUGGACUGGAACCGAUAAGCUUACUGCCUCUGUAUGGAAAUGGCAUGGUGUAAUUUUCUUUCUUUACAUUUUUUAUUUUAUUUUUUAUAUAUAUAAGAAACGUAAACAUAUAUAAAGAUGCUCCUUGUAUUGUUUUAUAAAUUCAUUUUUUUUUUUUUUUACUUUUCAAAGUAUUACAGAAAAGCCUCUACUUUCUGUAAAAUGGAACUUGUUAAACAGAAAAAGACACUGAGAUGUUUGAAUUAUUCACAUUUUUUGUCAUGAAAAGCAUUUUAUUUUUAUGUUCUUGUUGCUGUUAUUGCUUUGCUGAUUGUUCUUUUGCAAACUAAAGAUGCUAACUUGCCUUGUUGAAAACAAAUGAAAGGUCUAUUCCACAUUAUUUACAGACACUCCUUUAUUAAUAAUUCCGUUUACAUAUGAUCAAUAGCAUAUGUUUCAUAGCAUCAUCAGUUAAAGGGAAUGUCGAGGACAUCACUUAAAGUGACAUUAAGUUGCUAUAUUUGCCUUUAAAUAUUUUUUGGCCAAAUAUAUUUCAAAACAAACCUGUGUUGUUAUCUCUUAGAGAUAUAUGGUAGCUUUUUGUAGAAUUUGGCGGUAUCUUAAUUUAUAUUGUGGUUUUGUACCCCAUGAUUCUAUUUUACAACUUUGAUAAUGUAUUGUAUUAUGUAAACUAUAAUUAUAAACAUUCCUUUACCUUACUGUAAAUAAGGUAUUUAUUUCUCACUCUAGGUCUGUGGUUAUUUCAUGGCAGCAAAUAAGUUCAUGAUUUAACUGGUAUGCUGUAUACAAAACCAAAGAUUUCCUGUUCAGUAGUUGUAGAUGUGGGAAAAUAAAUUUCCUUGUAAUUAUCAGCAUUGGUCCACAGCACUGCUACUGUCAUUUUCUUGCAGUUGACAACAUUCUAGCAAAAUUAAUGGUAGCUUAAGAAAUAUGUAACAGGCACACAAGUGUGAUUAGGCUGCAGAUGGAUGGAGGUCACAAGGGUAUUUCCAGUUUCCCGGAAAUAAAUGCCCCAGUGAAACAUGAACUCAAAAUUGACCCUAUUUAUUUUAGCACAUAAUUGAACAUCCUGUUUUACACAGAAAUGUGUCAUUAUGGAAGUAUAAUGGGUUGUGAAUGGCAGUUCAUGUUAACUUAAUAGCUGACAAUAAAUCACAAUCUGUAAGUAUGCCAAAAUUCAUGUUGUAUUAUUUUUAAAUUUACCACAUAAUUCAUAAAUGCUUUUUAAACAACUGCUGUAUUUUUAUUUUCAAACAAAAGCUUGUAUGUACAAAAGCUGUGCAACUGACUGUUUUUCAAGCACAAAUAUUUUUUAUUUAAUUAGAAAUGUUUUAUUGCCUGUACCCAUGUCUAUAUUUUUGUCAUCUGCAGACUGGACAACCUCAAACUGUUCUGUAUAUAGGACAUUUACUGUCUAUGGACAUGAAAACACUUUGUAUCCAUAUUUUGAAUAAAAGUAACUGACUGUAAAAA